AUGGUUCUACACGUAUCAAAUGAGAAAUUGGGUGUUUUUGAGGAACCCAUCAUAGAUCAUUCCUUAGCCAGCCUACAAGAAUACACAUACAAACCAUAUGUAUCACCAUAUUUCAAGAAUUCAGAUAUAGUUCUCAUCCCUAUAAUCUUCCAAGAUCUUAUUUUAAAUAUAGCUGACAUUUAUAUUUACGUCGAAGGAACAUUUACGCCUAGCGACGCUACGAAACCCUGCUACUUAUCAAACAAUGCAUUGGACUUUUUAUUUCAAAAAAUUUCCCUACAAAUGGGUGGCGAAAAAGUUUGGACUUCGGAAUCCAGGGAUAACUUCAACUAUAAAAACGAUGGUGUCACAUGGUAA